AUGGCGGCCGUUGAAUGUUCUCCGAAUCAUCUUGUACUUGAUGAAUCGCAUGUUUUAUCUCAAGAACUUUACGCAAGUGUAUUUGGCGAAGCACGGUCUUCUACACAUGGCAAUAUCACCCAAUUGUUUGAUGUCAGCACCAUAACCGAAAAUCCGCUUCUCUACAGGAAGGUGAUUGAUUUUUUGGCACAGCGAUACCGUGCGAUGGGCAAAGCUGGUCCAACACACAUUCUCUCCUUGGAGUCUCGUGGUUAUGUUAUUGGGGCACCGUUAGCUGUUGAGCUUGGCAUCUCUUUUGUAAUGUGUCACACAACAAAACGCUUUCCGUCUUCUUUUGUCCAUGAGGACAAAAAUUUAAACUACUUGCCACCGUCUUACUCCAUUCGUAACGGCAGUCUUUCGAGUGAUGCUCGCGUAGUCGUUGCAGACGACUUUAUUGCGACCGGCCAGUCUCUCAUCUCCGUCCUGCAGCUCAUCGAAGAUAUUGUUGGCGCCAAGGUGGUUGAGGUGGUGGUGGUGUGUGACGUGCCGUUACUGAACGGCGUUGCUGCUGUGCACAAAACCGAGGGGGUGCGCUUUAGGAAGACGCCCAUAUUUGCGCUCAUGCACCCUAACACCUCACAAAAAACAAUACAAGACCAGCUUGUUGCACACUCUGCCCUUGUGACACGUUCCAGGCUCUGA